AACCAUUAUUACCCAUUUAGUGGCCGAAAAGACUGGGAGGUUGCCUCCUGGCUGCUAUGUUCGCGGUUGAGCAUGGCAAAGAUCAAUAGUUUUCUUUCACUCGAGAUGAUCAAGAGUCUCCCCUUGUCUUUUUGCUCAGCCAAGGAACUACGUGGUCGAGCGGAAAUGCUGCCCAGCGGUCCUCCCUGGUUGUCCCAAGUAAUCCCUACUGCGCAUCCCACAAAAUCACCUGUCAUCUUGUAUUGGUGCGAUCCCCUGGACUGUCUCGCAAGCAUUCUAAAUCACCCUUUCUUUCAUGAUCAGAUAGAUUUUACACCU